GGGCGAAACCACCGCAAACACCCGUGGGACUGGGACCCGCACUAACACUAAAGCAAGGGGAAUUUCCUGACGGUGUCCCUGCAGACACUUGCAACAACUGGGCAGCAGCAGCUAUUCUGGGAGGUCAUGGGGGGCCAGCAUAUAAAUAGCCCAUGGGACGCAGGAAGGGGCUGCUAUAAAAAGCCACAGCAGGCAGCUCCACGUGUCCUGCGCACCGAGCGGAGCUGAGGUAACAACUUGCUGCAGCUCCAAGGCUGGUGGGACCGGGCCGGGGGGGACCUGUGGGUCUGCAGCCAGGCACCAGGGUCAUUCUGCACAUGGAGCACCUUGCCCUGGGCUGGGUGCUGCUGGCCAGCACCCUGUUCAGCACCUCAGCCACUGGCAGCAAGCGAGACCUCGACGCAAUCAAGGAGGUGGCAAUGGACAUGGUCCUCAGCUCCUUUGAUGACCAGUACCAGGGCUGCAGCCGCAUGAUGGGGAAGGAGCUGGAGGAGCUGAACCGCACCGAGUUCACCAACCCUGCCUACGCGGAGGGCUGGAGAGGUGCGGUGAUGGAGUGGAGGAAUCGAUGGGGCCACGCCGCCCGCCCGACAGUCCUGCAGCAGGAGCAGGCGGUGGCCGUGCUGGCGUACACUGCCGAGAGGGGCCUGUACCGACAGUUCAACGCGGCCGUGCGCGAGGGCGGGCGCUCCCGCGAGCACUACCUCCAAUCCUUCCCCUUCAAGACGCUGCACUUCCUCCUGACCAAGGCCCUGCACACCCUGCGGGAGGCCCAGGGCCAUGGCUGCCACCGCGCCUACCGCGGCAUCAAAGGCACCCGCUUCACAGCCCAGCUCCAGCACACCGUCCGCUUCGGCCAGUUCACCUCUGCCUCCCUCCAGAAGAAGGUUGCUCAGUCCUUUGGCCAGGACACCUUCUUCUUUUUGGAUACCUGCUACAGUGUUCCCAUCAAGAACUUCUCCUUCUACCCUGGUGAGGAUGAAGUCCUCAUCCCACCCUUUGAGGUCUUCAAGGUCACCAACUUCACCCAUGGCAGAGACGGAAACUUCAUCCACCUCCACUCCCAGGCUGCGCGCAGCACCUACAACUGCGAGUUUGUGAAGGAGAAAAGGUGCAAGGAUCAGCCAUGUGUGUUCAGCCCAGGCAGGAGCAGUCCCAGGGAACCCCCACACCUCUGGAGUCUCCUCUUGGCAGCCACAGCCCUGGCAGCCAUGGGAUGCCUCUAAGCCAACUGCACUGGUGCUGCACCUCCACAAGGAAAAUGGGGCAGCAACGUGAAAACACAUUUAAUGGAAACUGUGGGAUUAUGCUUUUGUGUUCUGGAUGCUUUCUGCUCCAGCAGGAGCGGUGCCACCAGCCCCAGGACGCUCCGGUGACCCUAGAACACCAGCAGAGGCUGGAGGAAGCCUUUUCCUGGCUUUUCCAGAGAAAUAAAAGCAUUGCUGUAGGAUGGAGGCAUCGAGGAGGGUUCCUGUGUCUCCCCACCGUGGGGGCAUUUUGCAUGGGCAGCGGCCAGGGGUCUUCUCCAGCUUCCUCCCCAACCCU